CUAGAGAGGUACAGGCCGGCACCAUGGCUCCUAAAGCUGCCGAAGAAGAAGCGGUCGUUGCACCGGUGGCCGACCUACCAUCGAUCUUGCCGUCGCUGCCCGUAGGGCUUGGGUUCCCGCCUUACUCGAUGCGGUGCUACCGCGGCUUCUGGCUGUACGAGGGGUGGCUCAAGGCCCUCGCGCCGACCCACGCGCGCUUCCACCCGCGUCCCACCGACGUCUUCCUGGCCACCUUUCCCAAGUCCGGCACCACCUGGCUCAAGGCCCUCGCCUUCUGCAUUCUCAACCGCACGGCCCACCCACCGUCCGGAGGCGCAGACCACCACCACCCGCUCCGCCGUGGCAACCCCCACGACCUCGUCGCCUUCCUCGAGGAGAAUCCCGGCCUCAUCGCCGCCGACUACGCCGCCGGGGAAGACGAGCUGUACGGGGAUCUCCCUUCUCCCCGGCUGCUCUCCACCCACCUCCCCUACUCCCUCCUGCCCCACGGCAUCACGGAUGGGGAGAGCAAGAUGGUGUACGUGUGCCGGGAACCCAAGGACACGCUGGUCUCCUUCUGGAACUUCCACGAGAAGAUCAAGGCGGGGCUGGAUCCCAGCAUCUUCAGCGCCAGCGGUGCGUCGUCGACGCAGACGUUCGAGGAGGCUUUCGAGCUCUACUGCCAGGGCAAGUCCUUGGCGGGCCCGCAAUGGCGCCACGUGCUCGAGUACUGGCAGGCAAGCCGUCGGCGUCCCGAUCAUGUGUUAUUCCUCAGGUACGAGGACAUGCUGCGCCACCCGGAGGAGAACCUGAGGAGGCUGGCGGCGUUCAUGGGGUGCCCCUUCUCACCCGACGAGGAAGCGGCCGGCGUCGUGCGCGACGUCGUGCAGCUAUGCAGCAUCGGGACGCUCAAGACGAUAGAGGUGAACAGGAGCGGGAGCACGGCCGUGUGGGGCAUCAGGAACGAGGCCUUCUUCAGGAACGGGAAGAUGGGGGACUGGCGCAACUUCAUGACGCCGGCCAUGGCGGCACGCCUCGACGGGAUCGUCGCGGAGGCGUUCAGCGGCACCGGGCUCACCUAUGCCUCUCCCAGCUGCUAGCUCCAAUAGUUGAAGACCAUGCAGUGGUUCCUCAGACUUGGCAAUUUCCUUCUAGUUGAUUUAUUUUCCACGAGCCGCAACUUGUUGCAUCGGGUUAUUUUAGCCCAAUUUCUAUUCCGUGCGGGGGCACUCUGUUGUCUUACACGGUGCUCCCCCUUCACGUCCGUUGGAUCGAGAUCAGGCGGUGGAUGACUUUUCAGCCCAACAACAGGCACGUGCCUCUCCUCUCCUCCACUCGUUCUUCAGC